CGUCUCCCAAUCAAACCGUUGACUUCAACCUCUUCCAUCUUGUCCCAAGAACCGUACCAAAGCCCUACAGGAGGACCCGAAGUCAAAGCUCGAAGAGAAGGCCAUGGCUUCCUCCUCCGACCAGAGCUUCCCCGCCUCCGUGUCCGGCCUCUGGAGGAGGCCCGUCAACUAUUCUUCGAUGCCUCGCCCUCCGGCCGCCACUGGUGGAUCCCUCCGACCGGACAUCGACCUGCCGCCCAAGCCUCGGCCCUUUUUCCAAGUCCUCGCCUUCGGCGUCAUCCUUUUCCUCGCUUGCCUCCAGUUCCUCCCCGCCACCCACUUUCGUGAUCCCUUCGAUCGCCAUCGCAGAUGGAUUCCCUUCGAUUCCAAUCGGUCGUCAUCGUCGGUUACUAAUUCAAGAACUUCUGCGAAAGAACAAUCAACCAUGUCAACACAAGAUGAGGAAGUUCAGAGGAUACAUAUCUUUUCUUGGACAGACUGCUUGGAUCUUCGAGUGCUUGCAGUGCUUGCCAACUCAACUUUGUCUAACUCAAGAUUUCCAGAGCAUAUUCAUUUCCAUUUCUUUGUACCGGAACGUGAAGAUGAGAAACUGACCUAUUAUAAACUGAAAGUGAUAUUUCCCCAUUCAAGCAUUGAAAUCAUUGGGCAAAAGGAAGUGAAGGAAAAACUAAAGUCUAUGACACAUGAAGGGGAAUUCCUUUGGUCCUCUCUUCAUGAAAUAGCACCUCUUAUCAUCCCACAAAUCAAGUCUUCUUUGAACAAAUUCAUAUACAUUUCACCAAAUACCAUCAUAAAGGGAGAUAUUGGGGAGCUGUAUGAUGUUGAUUUGAGACUGUAUGCUAUCGCAGCUGCUGAAGACUGCAGCGGGAGGUUGGGUGAUUAUGUCAAUAUCGAUGUUUUAAAUGCCAUUCAGAGGACAGCUGCCAAGCCUUGGGUAUCUAACAAAUUUUAUGACAAAAAUGCAUGUGUACCUGACUUUAGUGUGCUUUCACUUGAUGCAACAAAGCUAGAAAAUAAUCUAGUGGAUGCCAUCCUAUGGUGGACUAAAGUUCUCAAUCUGGGAAGUGAAAGGAGCAAUCAGAUCAACCCAGCUAUUGCAUUAGCAUUCUAUGAUAAAUAUCACAAGCUUCCUUCUGCCUGGAAGCUUAGUCCUUCUUUGCCAAAUAUGACAGAUGACAAAACUAAAGUUCUUCAUUUUGAUGGACCUGCAAAGGUCUGCUCAAAACAUGCGCAUCAGAGUCAAGGAUCAGAAUAUGGCAAUGUUUGGCAGAAAUAUCUUCCUCCAAAUUCUAACAUCAUCUUGAGCCAUUGAAACUGCAGAUUUAUACAACACCAUGUUGGUAUUUUGUCUCCAUCCUAUGAGUGUUCCUCUGUUACUGACUGUGGCUUUUCAAAUGAUAGCUUGACACUUACAGACCGGGAAAUUAAUUUUCCACCGUAAAGGAGAUGCCUAUUUAUCAGCAAAUUUCUGCAAGAAGAAGUCAAGAAAAAUUCACUGAACAUUAAGAUUUCAUGCAAUUUGAUUGUUUUCCCAAGAAAAUGGAGCUUCCCAUGCUGCCCAUGGAGAUGGAACUCUGUAAAUUAUAUUCAAGCAAAUUAUACAAGGUUGGAGAUAAGUGUUGAUAUUGAUGGCCUACAUUCAACAAAUAUUGUACUAGUUGAGCCAAGUUUUUUAGAUAUUGAUUUUGAUUAGGUAAAAUGAUUGAUAUGUGUGAUGUGUGCAUAUUUUUUUAUAAUCAAUUUCUUAAGGAGAGCAGAAUUGGGCAUUUGUAGACCAUUUUGGUGUUUUUCAUAGGUAAAUAUAUUCUUGUGCUUAAUUGUUAUGAAUUAUGACGAUGCUUUUAUGCA